CUCCUCCCCCCAAGUCACAUGAAAAGUCAUGUGACAUAGUCAAAAUGGCAGCGACGCAGGUGUUAGUUUUCAUAGCUAUCGUUUGUACACAGUCUUUUUAUUGUUUUGAUAUUCUUUCUCCGACUAGUAUAUACGUAGUAUACGACGAAACAUCAGAAUUAUUUUUAUUCACACAGCAGAAGCCUGCCAGAUGGGUUGCUCGUGGAGAUUUCCAAAAUGCCGUCAACAGAACGGGGUGGGCCUAUCUGACAGUUGAGACCUCCAGCAUGUUUCCUGAUGCCCAGCAGGCAUAUGCAGCAGGUCUGGUAGAGGGAUACCUUACAGAGGAAUUGAUGCAACUGAACUGGCUAAACACACUAAAUGGCUACUGCUCACAGCCUUACUCUCAGUACUGCUUACGUCUUCAUGACUUUCUGGGAAAAAACUUAGAUUGGAUGAAAGUUCAGAUCAAAAGUAAGGCCCAAGAAAUGCCUUACUGGCAUCAGGUGGAAUUGUUCCUCCUUCAGUCAGCAGGUCUGGCAAAUGGGAUAAAGAAACAAUCUACUGCCCUGAACAUGGAUAUUGAUGUUUUUGGCCUUUAUAUGUUCCAAGUAGGGGGAGAUUUUGAAGACCUAGAGUCUGUACUAGGAAAACCCGACAUUCAGCGCCCCCUGGGCAGUGGUUCCUGUUCAGCUUUAGUAAAGGUGCUGCCAGACAACAGUGAUCUGUAUGUAGCACAAGACACCUGGAACAAUUACCAGGGCAUGCUGCGCAUCUUGAAAGUCUACAACUUUUCCUUCAGUCUUGUGGAUGGCACUUCUGAGAAAAUUCCUGGCAGUUUGCAGAGUUUUUCUUCAUACCCUGGGCCUCUGAUGUCAGGAGAUGACUUCUAUAUUUUGUCCUCUGGGCUGGUUUCCAUGGAAACCACCAUUGGCAAUAGCAACCCAGAUCUUUGGAAAUAUGUCACCCCAGAGUCUGUAUUGGAAGGUAUUCGCUCUGUUGUUGCUAACCGCUUGUCUACCUCAGGCAGCCAGUGGGCCUCCAUCUUCUCAGCUUAUAACAGUGGAACUUACAAUAAUGAGUGGAUGGUCAUUGAUUAUAAAAAAUUUAUUCCUGGAGCUAAGACUUUGAUGCAAGGACUGCUCACAGUACUUGAUCAAAUUCCAGGCACCAUCCAGGUUGAUGACCUGACUAACCUUUUGUCUGCUCAAGGUUACUUUCCCAGCUACAAUGUUCCAUAUUUCCCAGAUAUUUUUAAUGCCAGUGGAAACCAAGCAUUAGUAGACAAAUAUGGGGACUGGUUUACAUAUGACAAGACACCAAGGGCUCUCAUCUUUCGCCGUGAUCACCAGUCAGUCAGUGAUGUCAUCUCCAUGACAAAACUGAUGAGAUAUAAUGACUUCACCAAAGACCCGCUGUCUCGAUGUAACUGCACACCUCCCUAUAGUGCAGAGAAUGCCAUCUCUGCUCGUAGCGACUUGAAUCCAGCAAAUGGUACUUAUCCUUUUGGGGCCCUGAGUCAUCGGUCACAUGGUGGAGUAGAUAUGAAGCUGACCACCUAUCAGCUGGCCCAGUCCCUGGCCUUUGUUGCUGUUGGGGGCCCAACAUGGGAUCAGAACCCUCCUUUUCAGUGGAGCAAGAGUGAUUAUGGACCUGCAGUGCCUCACUUUGGACAGCCUGACCUCUGGCAGUUCUCUCCCAUUUUGUUUAAUGGCACUGGCUUGUUUCCUGUCAGCUAGAGUCGCAAGUAGCAAGUGUUAAUGUUUGUUUCAUGCAUUUGCUGGCUGUACUUGGGUAGGGAAGGUUUUAUAUUGUCAGGGAUAAGAGAUCUAUAUAAGUACAAAGGCAGUUUUUAAAAAAAAUUUGUCAGGUUUCAUUUGUAAACCAUUUUGAGUGCCUCGUGAAAAGGUGACAGUUACCAUUGCACAUUCAUCUGAGCAUCUCGUCAAAUUUUUCACUUUGAGAAAAUUUAUUCAUUUUAAAUUUUACAAAGUGAUCAACCCUGUUACUUUGUAUCGGAUGUACAUAAUAUGUACUUAAUGUGUAUCAAAUGCAUACUUGAUGCAGGAUAACAUUUUGCUGUACAUUUCUUGUGUACCUACAUGCUGUAUGCAUACAUUUUAUCAAUGACCACUCAUAUUACUCAAUUUCUUUGUACUUGUACUUUGAUUUAUGUUGCUACGUGCCUUAUUUGGUCAUGCGCAUAAAUAAACUACUGCAAGAUUU